GUCUUUAGAACUCGACACCGCUUUAUUUUGACUGAUUGGACUGGUCGCGUCGGUUAUCAUGGUCAGUCCACUGGGUUACUGACGGCUUUUCUUUUUGCUCCAUGCCCAAUCGGGUUAUGAUCGGGUGAUCUAAUCGGUGUACCCCGAUUGUUUAUAUCAAGACAAUCCACUUAUUUAUCAUUAUUACUGCCAUAAUAGAAUGGGAUCUCUGCCCGUGCCUAGUGCUUGGUCCCGCUUCAAUCGGCUAGCUUUUUGGCCGAUCGGUUAGGUCGUUUUGGGUUUCGGUGUGCCUUUUUUCCGGCCAAUGGGCAUUUAGGUCGGGUUCCGGGUCUAAGCCGGUGCAAGGGAAAUAUCAAAUCAGUUCUCAAAGCCGGUUACGGAUCCCCAUUACACCGCUUUCUGACCCAAUGUACAAUUUUUCCGCAAUUCUCACCCAGUAAUUUCAUUAAGGUUAAAAUUUCCUGAAAUAUAUUGUAUUGUUUUAUUUAUUGUUUAUUUGGAGCCACUUAUACAAUUUUUUUUUUUACAUAGCGGCGGGUCUAUCGGUUUCACCUUUCACCGGGGGAACCGAACCUGAACACCUUGAAAGUAUCUACCCAGGUAGUAACUGAUUGGCCAUUUUUCGGGUAGGUCGGUGCAGUUUUUCUGGUUUCAGGUAAUCAAGACCGAGCCCUACCCGUGUCCUGUUUGCUAUUUUCGUCAUCGUUACCUAGCGCUCGGCCCUGCGCCAAUCGGGGAACUUUUUAGUCGAUUCGGUGCGGGGAUGAUCUUUAUCGGUGCGGUGAUUUCGGUGUUCGAUGUGGUGAUUUCGGUGCUCGGUGCCUUCCCCGAUUAUUAAUGAAUAGUGAUCUAAAUUGGCAGUUGCCCUGCGGCCAACAAGAACAAAAUGUGACCCUAGUCACGUGAUUCUCGUUGGCCUAUCAGUACGCAAGGUCACUGGAAAGAUUAACCCCCUAUGACUGAAGCGGUGCUAUCGGUGCAGCACCGAUUAUAGCACCGUUCCACACUGAAAAAAAACAAAACCCGCACCGAACUUCCCCGAUUCAUUUUUAUCGGUGAAGGUUAGCGGUGUCCCCGAUUAGAAUGUGAUCGGGGCCGAGCCCUAUCGUCACCCAAAUUCUCUGCCUAAACUUAUUUUGGCAACACUGCCGAUGAAGUCAAUUGUGUUGGAUUAUUGUAUGGAAAGAGUUUGAAACGGGCGAUUGUUUACAAGACUGGAUAAUAAUUAGGGUGACCAGUGAAUUUCGUGCCCUUUUUUUUUUCCCAAACUUAGAUCAUGGCAGGUCUUCCCAGAACCUUUGAAAAUAAGACUUCAAACUACAUUGAUCAUCGUUUACGAGGACGACCUUCAAUCGUAUCGUUUGAACAGCUCAAUUUUGGAAAUUCUUCCGUUCGUGAAUUGGCACCCUAUGCUCUCAAGAUUCGCCAAACAGCUCUCAUCCCUACCCAGCAAUUUUUUAAGUAUGCAGCAGUUGUGUCUAGCCUAGGAGACACUGACCUAGUAUGCAUAAUCUUUGACAUAAUAGAAGCUGGACAAGUAAUUGCAUAUGCUGGACAUUUUAUUGUCAAGAAAGACUUUGUCUUUGAUCCUAUUACCCGGGAACCUGUUGUGUCAGUAUCCUUGUUGAGCGUAGAUCAAAACCAUGAACACUUGUCUCUUUUUGGUGCUGCAAAUAGCAACCUCCUACCAUUUCCAGACUAUUUUCUUGAUGGGAGUGACAAGGAAUAUCAAGAACUAUUAAUAAAAACUCAAGAAAUAUUCAUGACAGUGUUUCAAGUGCAACAACAGAAUCAAAUUGUUUCUAUGCCUCAACCCAGCAAUCAGGUGAUAUAUUUGCUAAGAGAACCUCUUACCACCAGUAUUUACAUUGAAACAGCUUUGCCUAUUACAAAAAAGAGCCUCGAUAGAAUAACUCCGAAAAUUCAGGCAAUGGGAACCAUCAAAUGCAGCUAUGGUGAACUUGGCUCUUUCGAAUCAAACAUUUUUUCCUCCGUUCAAUGUACAUUCAAAGUCAUCGAAGAUGCUAACGAUAGCUUCAAUGCUGUCGACGACGUCGAUGGUCGCACGACUUACUACUCUGCCUACGAGGAGCCAGGACUCAUGCCUUUUUAUUUUACUACGUUCUUGCUUGGCCGGUUACGAGGCCGCUAUGUCGUUGGUGUAAUAGUUUCAGAUGCAUUCUUCAUUAUGGCUACCAGUCGAGUCUACAGCCGGUAUUCGACACCGCCGGCAUCGCCAAUCGACAGCAACAGUCUUGUCGGGACGGAUGUCAUGGAAAGAAUCCAUUUGCCUUCAUACCUACCGUUAGAGCAAGUGCUGACCAUGUUGGAGCUGCGUCAAAUUCUGCGCCACCCGUUUAUGUACCAAGAUGAAAUGGACGUAAUCAUCAAAUGCUUUGGUCUAAACGGGGGAAAUGAAAAUUCCAGUUACCAAGUACCACCCCCCGUCAGCCGAAUUUUCAUCCGUCAGCUUGGCCCGAAGACACAAAUGGAACGUCUCCAGUAUAACUGGUUGCAACAGAUGCUGGAUAUCCACUACACGAAAACAUUUCAAAAUUCCCUUUGUGAAUAUGGUGAAAGUCCAGUGGAUUCCGAAAAUCCGUCCCUGUUUUGUCACAACAUUAUCCGUCUGUGGAUAAAAGAGUUAUUGCGUGCUAUCCACAAGGAUCAGCGGCCCAAAGACGACUGCAAACUGAGCAACUUCUUUCGUAUGAACAUUGAAGAGUUUGUUCAAGGGUAUCUGUCGCUUUUUGGUUUGUCGCCGGAAUCUUGUUUCACAUGCCACAUCCUGGGGCAAGAUGGAUUGCCGAUGUCUAUCUGCCAAACAUCAAUCGCUACUAAAGACAUUGGGAGGCACAUGGAAACGCAGCACACGGCCUCACUGUGGAACCAUGGUCAUUUCAAACCCUUUUCUCUUGUUUUGGCAUCCAAAUUCGUCUCGUUGACUAAUCAAGCAGACGUUACUCCGCUGGAGAAGUGCAAGUCGACUGUGGCUGAUUUUCGCGGUACGUCCUACAUAGAAUUGUUGCGGAAGAUUGAUGGUGUGAAUUCAUUGUCAUCUUCUGCCGUCGCUCCACCUCUUCGAUCCCCAGCUGCUAGCCAGCCUAGAGCAAAAAAACGGAAAAGACUUUCUCUCGAAGAGCUAAUUGUCCGAAAAGUGAUGCAAGAACGCUUAAAUGAAAAUGAUAGUACUAUCUCAUCGCCACCUGACGUAACGUUAGUGUCUUCGCCUACCCGAAUAACUCGUUCUGCUGUCCGUUCUAGCUCCUAAAUCGUCUUGUUAUUAUCAUUCCAUUCACUGUUAAAAUCCGGACAUGAAAUUCCCCGACACCGUUCCCACUGUGUUUCGUUCGUUUUAAUUAUGUGCUCGUAUAUUUCAGAGUCAAGGGAGAGUCGCUUCUCUUACUGGACAUUUAAUAAUACAGAUUUUUUCAUUCAA